AUGGUAAGCUGUCAAAAUUUUUUGUCAAGUCUGAGUGUAUCAACAGCUGUUUUACAUUUUUAUAUCCGUAAAUUAAUUAAAAUUGGGUAUCAAAAGGUAGUUUUGUGUUCUUUAAACAGGUCAUGGUAGUUUUUAUUAGUAAUAGUGUUGUAUAUUAUAAUGAAACAAAGGGCUCGCCCGAUGCAAGGCGGAGAUGAUUUGGUGGCCUAUACCAUGGGCAAGAAAACUGACGCACCCGACCACAGUGAGAUACAGCUACACAGAAUAAAACCUCAGGAACAUUUUAUUGAGGCCCAAGUUCAAGAAGGCGAUACUCUACAAGCGAUCGCAUUGAGAUUUUAUUGUUCUAUAUCAGAACUUAAGAGGAUCAACCACAUACAUAAAGAUAAUGAAAUAUUUGCAAGAAGGACCAUUAAGGUCCCUGUUACACCAUACUCUGUUUUGACAGAGCUCAUUCCAACACAACCGCCUGAGGCGACGCCCUCGACGUCCAACACAACGACAAACACGACGUCAAACGCAGUCAUACAGGAGUUGUUAAAUACUAGUAAUUAUAAUGGACUAUUGAACCAAAAUAAUAUAUCAAUAAACACCUCGCAGAAGGAAGAUUUGCAGUGUUCUAUAGACUGUAAUACUGUUGUGAUGAACAGUACUCUGACGCCGUCUGUAGUGCCUUACACUGACGCUGAGCAGAAUGAACAAGCUACGGAAGAUACUCAACUCUUGCCAAGUAAGGAGAAGAUAUCCGUGGAAGCUGUUGUGGUGAAGGAGCUCACCUCUCAUGGGGCUGAUUUUGGACUGAAGUGGUUCCACUUAGUGUGCUGUAUGCUCAUUCUAGGCGUUGUGAUACCUCUUGUAUAUGUAAUGUUUUAUUUAGACAAACAUGAACAUUCUGAAAUUUCUGAUCUUCCACCAUUACACUCAAAUCGAUGACUGACUUAUGAUAUUCGAUCUGAUGGCAAAGCUUUAAGUCGUGAUGGUAUUUGUUAUAAAUCAAUUUUAUAUAUCACUGUAAGGGGACACAAUGUGAUUCUUUUAAUAAAUUAUAUCACUAUAAGUACAUAUCAAA